UGCUGCAUUAGUGGAGAUCAGAGCUCGGCACUGUUUGCUGGAGGAGUAACCUAGCUAGCUGGCUACCUAUUUUGCUCCUAAAGGGGUGUGGACAAGCUCGCUCCGUCUCUUGCUGGAUCUGAGAAGCUCCUGGCUGGUUUUUGUUUCAUGUUGUUUUCGCAGUGAAUUUGGGACACCACGGUGAAAGGCAGCAGCCAUGUGCUUCCAAUGAGGAGACUGUCUGUCGAAAACAAGCCAGCUAUGCUCCUGAAGAAAGAAAGGGAGUGGAAAAAAUAGGGUUUUGUAGUGUCAUGUGAAGAGGGAGUUUUCGAGAAAGAGAGAGGGAGAGAGCAGAGGAAAUAUGAAACAUGACUGCAUUUACAAGAAUGAGGAGUGAAGUGCCAGUUCCUUGCUGUGGAUUUUACUGGGGAAGCUGGUCAAUUGGAUAAGUGCAUACACACAACACACAGAGACCAGGCAAGAAAAUAAGAUCACACAGAUCUUGUGUGGGCAUUUUAGAAGUCAAGCCUGGGAGAUACUAAAGCACGGUGUUACAGGAAAUCGUGUGCACUUUCUGUAACCAGCAAAGCAAUGCUACAGUGCGGAGAUCAACGGACACUGGGUUUAGUUAUUAGGGUUGUGUCAAGAAAAAGGAAAGUGCUUGUGAGAGAGGAUUGUGUCUGUAGGUGGUAAUUUCACUUGUAAAGAAGCUACACAGCACAGAUUGGAGCAGAUUGAACUGCUGUUUCUUUGAGCUGUUCAGAGAUUGUGCUGGGAGCAAACUGCUGUUUCACGAGAAGGAUUUCUGGGAAUGUCGGAGACCAGUUUGGGGGAGCCGCUGUUUGGGGAGGCCCCUGACAUUCUAGCUAGAGUGAACAAGGAUUCCAAGGCGAGCAAGAAGCGGAGGACGGGCUCCAUCAGCCGAGCCUUCAGCUGGCUGAAAGGGAAGAAGAAGAAAAGAAGCAGCACCAGCAGCACGGGGUCUGGAGGAGGAGGAGGAGGAGGAGGAGGAGGAGAAGGGAGCAAGAAAGGAGGGCACCCCAAGAGCAAAGAGCAGCGGGGAGACUUGGCCAACCAAGCGAUUUCCAAGCCCGAGGAUGACAGUAAGCUGACUGUGCACUACAAGGCAGCCCAGCACUACCAGGAGAAUGUGUUCCACCCGGGCAGCCGGCCGCAGUACCUGGAGGACCUGCACAGCGAGGCCCAGGAGGGGCUCAAGUCCCUGCAGCAGCAAGAAAACCAAAGCGGGAAUGGAUUGGAUCACGGGGACGACCAGAGUGUCAGAUCUUCCAGGACCUUGCAGCCAGAAGAUGAAGGCACGUUCCGAGACAGGGCCAGGUCCGUGGCUUCAGAAAGCACCCAGGCAGACACAAUGUCACUGCGAUCAGAGCUGGUGCGGACAGGCUCAACUUUCAAACCACACAACAACACCAAGAACAGACCAGCGAAAGAGAAGAGAAGCAGAAGAACCACAAUCAUGGGAAUACCUCAACACGUCCAAAAAGAACUGGGGAUCGAGACAGGCAGGGACAGCAAGAGGCACAAAGCGCACAAGAAAGCAGAUGUUGCAGAUCCUGCCCAGCUUGCUAACGGAACAGGUGACGUUGUGGUUGUGCCUACCAUAGACGGAGAUGUCCAGGAGAAACAUCUCAAGGGAGCCAGGGUCCACCUUCAGGCCAUUGAAGCCAUGCACCUGUCAAAGCAAGAGAAAACAGAUCGGAUGCUGAAACAUCACAUCCGGACUGUUUAUAAAGAUGACUCCGUCUUGGAUCAUAGCGUUGCCCCUAGGGUGUCUCCGAUGCAAAGACCCAAGUCGCUGGCUGUCCCGGGAAUGACCACACACAGCUACAACGAACCACAGAGUCCUGUGAUGUCUAUGUCGCCCCAGGCCACCUACUUAUCCAAGAUCAUCCCUAACGCCAUACUGCCUUCUUCUGUGGAGGUCAUCGAGAUCAGCCGGAGCAAGAGCAGGAACAGCGUCCGCACAGUGAGCAAAAGCAGCCUGGUAUCCGCCAGCCCGGGUUCAACCCGCUCCAGCCUUCGCUUUUACAACUUCAACACCAGCGAUCUGUCCUCCUCCUCCAGCUCCAACUUUAGCCACUCCCAGUCUUCGGAGACCAUCGUGUCCAACAGCUCAACCCUCUCCUCUGGAGGGACCAAGACUCCGAAUGGAGAAGAUAACGUGUCGCACGAAGGGAAGGAAGUCCACAGGCUGGCUCCCGAUAAGAUGAGCAUCAACAGCUGGAUGAGCGCUUCUUCGGGAAGGCCCCAGAACGCCAACGGCUUCGUGAUGGUGAAGCAAAGAGGCGAUGGGAGAAGCACGUCUCCCGCACCCAGCACGGGUAGUGCGGUGGAGGGAUCGGACACCAUGAGCAUCCAGAGCGACCUGUCCUUCAACAAGAACUUAUCGGUCACAAAGAUGAAGAGGCCACCAGCUCCUCCAAGGAGAACCUACUCCCUGCACCACAAGAACAAACUGAGGGAUCUACAGGGCAAGGAGGUCACAGAGUCUCAGGAAAACCAGUCCCCACAGAGUCUCCGCGACAGGGAAAGCAGAGAGAAGGUGUUCUCUCCGAACGCACUCAGCGAAACUGGCAGCGUCCACUCGGACAGGCUAGCCUACUCUGCUGACUACAGUUCCCCGGAUGUAUCUCUGUGUUCUGCGGCCACAAGCCCACUGACAGCUGAGCAGAUGGAGGCUAGAGAGGCCAUGCUGAAGGAGCAGCAGGCCUCCAGCGACGUCUUGCCCCAGAAACUUCCCUUCCCGGGGAACAAAUUUGAGAGGACCAUGUCGCCAUCCAGCGGUUACUCCAGCCAAAGUGGCACCCCAACUUUCUCGCCCAAAGGGGUGAUCAGUUGCCCUUCCCCACCAGGAAUGAAGAAAGCCCAGCCGGUGAAGCCAGAGAGGUCCUGUUCUCGCUCUUCUCCGGCUGCGUCCAUCUCGUCUUCACGGACGUCUUUGUCAUCUUCAGUGUUGGAGCCUGUUCAGCACGAGACUAUGCUUGCAGUUUCUCCGCUGGCCCAACCACCUGCUAACCCCCUGCCUACCAAGCUUAAACCUGCCUCGCCAGUACCCCGGGUGAGUGAAUCUGUACCUCCAGCCCCUGCUGCCAUCGCAUACGAUGAGGUGUUUGUCAUACCACCCCCCCCGAAAGUACAUGCACCUUCCCCUCCUCCCCCAGAAACGUGGAUGCUCAAUAAACGCACCUUUGAUUCACUGCGCUCUUCCACUAGUCAGCUCGCUACCUCCAGGGACGUCCAACAGCAGCUGAAGAAAGAUUCUGCCCCAGCACAAAAGGAGGAGACCCCCCCUGUGCUGAAGAUGGUGGAGCCACCAGUGCAGACGGAGACACUGAUAGUCAAAAAGGAGGUGCCACCAGUAUUCAAGAAGGAGUUCAAACCAGUACAGCAUGAAAUUCAACAUAUAGUGAAAAAGGAGGUGCCACCAGUAUUCAAAAAAGAGUAUAAACCAGCAUGCGUGGAUUCUGUGUUUAUAGUCAAAAAAGAGGUCCUGCCAGUAUUCAAGAAGCAGACUCCACCUGUGAUUAAGAAGGAGGUGCCACCAGAACAGACGGAAACUCACCCAAUACUCAAAAAGGAGACACCGCCUGUAGUCAAGAAAGAACCUCCACCAGUACAGAAGAAAGUGUCCCCGCCUCUAGUCAAGGAGGAGACUCUGCCUCUAGUCAAGAAGGAGACUCCCCCUAUUGUCAAGAAACAGACUCCACCAGUCUUCAAGAAGGAAACUUUGCCAAUAGUCAAGAGUGAGACUCCCCCUUUAAUCAAAAAGGAGGUUCCACCAGUGUUUAAGAAAGAAACCAUACCAGUGCAGAAGGAGAUCCCACCAGUGGUGAAAAAGGAGACUCCACAUGUAAUAAAGAGAGAGAUUCAACCUGAAAUCAAAGAGGAUGUUCAUGCAGUUCUCAAGAACGAAACUCCACCAGUGCAGAGGAAAGAUGUGCUGCCAGAACAAAACAUAGUGCUACCAGCAGUGCAGGAUGUGGAGCAGAGACCCGCAGUGCAGGCAGCACCUUCACCACCUCCUUCUCCUCCACCCUCCUACCUCCCUCCUCCUCCACCCACCAAGAAGACCCCUUCAGAGUCUUCAGCUUCUUCUCCUCCACCCCUUCCGGAUCCAGAAGUCUGCCAGGUUUUGCUGGCAGCAGAACCAUUGUGGCCUCCUCCACCUCCUUCUCUGGAGGAGCCUGUGGUGGUCUUCUUCACUUCCCAGGAAGAGUCUGACUUUUCCUUCCCACCACCGCCGCCACCUGUGGAUCACGUCUCCCAGACAUCAGUGGAAACUUCGUCAACGGUGGAGCUACCAGUGAAACCGGCAGGUUCAGAAGUGAUCCCGACACCACCUCCGGAGACCUCAUCUGAAUCCACAACCGUUUCAGUGACUGUAGUAGAGUCUUCUGAAACAACGAACCCAACAUCGGAACUACAAAGAGCUCAAGAGAUUCCAGCUGCUCCUCCUUUGCCGACGUCCAACGACAAACCCAAAGAGCCUGUAGCGUCGUCUUCCCCCUCAGUACUAAUCGUGCAGGUUCCGACAUCUGGGAGUCCAUCUGUGUCCAUCACUGCACAACCCACUCCGCAAAAGCCACCGGAAGCUCCCUGCCCUCCUCCUGCACCACCCCUUGUGAACAUCAAAAGGCAACAGAGCCCGAUAAACCAGGAGGUUAAGGCUAAAGAGCCACUCUCCCAAACCAAAAGCACACCUGCCCCCAAAGAGGAAGCCAGCAUUCCCUUGGUCACACCUUCUCUCCUCCAGAUGGUACGGCUCAGAUCCGUGAACGUUGGCAGCUACCAGCCGGAUGAACCGCCCAAGAGUCCAGUUGAGGAAAAUAUGACAAGUCCGGUGAACGGAACCACCCCGAGUCAGACCGUGCCGCAGAAACCUGUCCGCAAAUCCCUGUCAUUCAAAUCUCCACCAGCAACAUCUUCACCUUCGCCUUCCAUGAAUCUUCAGGAGGCCAUCCGCAUGAAGACUGCGGCCAUGUCCUCCAAGGACAGGCCCCCGCACAUCCUGUUGAGACCAAAUCUACAUGCAUCCUUCGCUCCCACGUCCCCUCCUAGCAGUGAUGCGCACGGGCAGACUUCUCUCAGGACUCCAGAAGAGGGCGGCGUGCUUAAAUCUCCAGCUUCCACUGCCAGCUUCAUCUUCUCCAGGAGCUCUAAGAAAGUUGUCUUUGAAACCCCCGCAUCCCCGGAGGCUCAGACGGAUCUCAAGAGGGACCUGGUGGCCGAGCUGAUGUCCACGUCUCGGAAGAAAACAGGCAAGGUUCCACCGCCCGUAGCCAAAAAGCCAACACACAUCCCAAGCAGCCCGUUGCCACAGGGAGCACCGCUGAGUCCUCUGAUGAAGAUGGCAGGCCCCUCGAAGGAGCACCAUGCUUCUUCCCCCACGCAAGGGGGGCAGGGAGGGGCUGAGAGUAGCGUGGCGGCAGACUCCGCACCUGCUCCAACGAGGCCAGCAGGGACUGUGCAACUGGCGGGCCAGCAAGCACAACCAAAGGAGGGCAUUGCAUUAAAAAGCAUUCAUGAAGCUGGAGACACAGAGGCAGUAACUUCAUGAAAGACAAAUCCAGCUUUUGUUAUUGGACUGGUUAAUCGUAAAUCAUAAUAUUCUCUCAGGAACCUGGGCAGGUCAAAGUUCGAGAGAGAGAGAGAGAGAGAGAGAGAGAGAGAGAGAGAGAGAGAGAGAGAGAUUUGCAGCUACUCAAAGGGAGAAGAACACUCUUAAACUAUUGUAAGCCUUAGCCCCUUAAUGGCCUUGAUAUUUAUGCAAAAAAAUGGUGUUGGUCUUUAAUUUCUAUAAUGUAAUAGCUUUAUUUUUGAUUUUUUUUAAAUCUUAUUAAGACUUUGCGCUUUGCAAAUCCACAAAGCUUUAAACAAGGUCACUUUGGAAGAUGGACGUCUUGUUUAGAAGAUUUAGACUCACGCUUGACUGGAGAGGAAAUUGCACCACCUGUUGGUCUAGAUGGGUAGAAACCAGCACUCAGAAAAUAGAGAAAGCUCUGUUGUCUUGCCUGCCAUAGUUAAGAGUCUUUAAUUGAAAAAGUCUGAGUGGUCGACCAACGCUUUCACGUGCAUAAUAUAGUGAAGCUUUAUUUUUAUAAAACAGUGAAAAUAUGCACUAUUCCUUUUUGGGGGGUGUAGUUGAAUAUUUUAUAUAUAUAUAUAUAUAUAUAUAUAUAUAUAUAUAUAUAUAUAUAUAUAUAUAUAUAUAUAUAUAUAUAUAUAUAUAUAUAUAUAUAAAAACCAAAUUCCAGAUUAAGAAUGCCAAUAAAAUGUCAAUUUAAUACAUUUCUUACGGACCUCGUGCAAAAUAAUUCCUAACAAAUAUGCAAAUAACCUUAUAAAAAAGCACUGACUUAUAGAUUUUUUUUCUUUUUCUAGUGCACAUUGAAAACUGAAAUUGAAGCCGUUGCUUUUCUAUCUUUCUUUCUUUGUGUUUGCGGUGGAACAGUAUGCUGCACUCGACCAAAAGGGAUAUUGCAUCUUUGAAGCAAUCUGCAAUUGCAUCUCAGAGCUUAGAAAACUGUCGAUCAAUAAAGUGCUUUGUAAGGUUGCUCAAGACGCCUGCUGUGGUACGGAUGCACAGUAUAAGGAUUGGCACACUGGCGUUUUAACGCCUUCAAUAAACCUACAAAAGCAAAGCAGCUGUUUCCGAGUUAAGUACCAAGGCAGAACUACAAGGGAUACAUACACUCUUCCCAGAUCUGUGGUCAUUCCUGUAUUUUAAUGGAAUUCCCUACACGUUUAAUGGGAUUAUCUGGGGGGGUUGUUGUUGUUUUUUGUUUUAUUUAUAUCCCGAAACACCUGACCAUCCAGCCCGACUAGCUACCUGUUGUGGCUCACAGCGUCCGGCAGACUUGUGUAAUUGUACAGGGUAGUGUUUGGCUAUGCUGGUCCCACUAAAACACAGGUUUAGCUGAAGUAUCUCUGCCUUGGACUUUUCUGUUCUAAUAACGCUGUGUGCUAAAAAACAGGCUUUAUUAUUACCGGUACUCGAAGAGGAGAGACAUUGAAAUCACACCAGAGAUCAAUCUAAAACCUCUUCCAUCUUUCUUCAAAACACAGCUAGAGUACCAGAGAGUUUGUGUAUCAUCCCCUUCCUCUCCAAGAUAGUGUCAUUUCUCAAUUCCAAGACUCUUCCAUUGUUACAGGGUUGGGGUACAAGGAGCUGAGGCAAGUCCCUGGGUGAGUUUCGUGGUUACUGAGGGUGGGUGAGACGAUGACAUGGAAUUAAUGGAAUCAUUCUAUUGUAUCCAGAAUGCUGCACUUCACAAAAUGCUCAACACCAAUUAUCUGUAAGACUGAACUUCAAAAAUGCAAUACUGUUGAAUCAUUUUUUUUUUUUCUUUUUUAAUUUAAGAUAUCUGUCCUGAAUUAGUAUUUGUUUUUCAGUAGAAGACACUCAAACUAUUUGAUUAGGUAUCCCAGGCAGUCUUUCUGUAUACUUACUGAAGUUAAAUUCUCAAGAUAUGACGAAAAGAUGUCCAGGGAAACCAAGUUAAGGUGGGAUCUGUCUGCAAAAGACAGCCUGAGUGGCAUUACAUUUGUGUUUAUAAAAGUCUUCAGUUAUAGCUCAAAGCUGUACUUGUUAAAAGUCAUUCUGUCAUAUCUAUACCAAGCACUUCACGUUUUCCAAGGUCACAUUACUGGCAAAGUAUUACUGGUGCAGUACAGGCUCAGGGCAGUUAGGAGCUAAUCUUUAAGGUUUUCUAUUAAGUUUGGCUUUUUUUUUUUUUUUUUUUUUAAGAUCUGUUUAAGAAUAAGCAAUAUUGUUGUCAGUUUUGCACAGCUUCCCAAACCCCUGGUAAAUACACUGUACUGUUGUCAUCCAUACUCCAGAUUCCUAACUGGGAUUGUGGCCGCUAAGAUCAAACUAACACUGGAGCUAAACUGUAAGCAAUUUGGUUUCUGUAUUGGUAGCAGCUUGCUGGUUUAGACGAAUCCUCCUAGCAAAUUAAGCUUAUGCUUUACCUCUAGUGAUCUCGACAGGCUUACCUGGAGUUAAGGGUUUGCACGCUCCAGCAAUGCGUCUCUAUCCCCUGGAUUACAUCUGAAUUAUGGCAUCGCUGUCCUUACAGCAACUUUUAAAAAGUACCAAAAAACAAUGAUGAUUUUGGGGUAUUGUAUAAAGCAGUUGCACACAGUCACCACGGUAUCUGGCUACAAGGAUAGCUGCACUGUAUUUAAAAUGUAUUCCUAGGGUCUACGUAUAGAGAACGUGAAAUGGGAUUUCCUGAGGGCUGCUUGCGUGCACAAAGAAGUGAUGCAUUAAACCAGGUGCUGCUGCUUGAUAGGGGCAAUAGCUGUGAGACUAAAUGCAAAUUACUUUGAAAUUCAUUCCACACCAAUUUUCAUAUGAAAGUUGUAUUUGCCCUGAACUGGCUCUGAGUGUGAGGAGUCAUUGUAUGAUAUAAGCUUACAGCGGUACGUGGCAAAAAUAAAUAAAUAAAAUAAAAUUUAAAAAGUAGUGCUGAGUUAAAGAUACUUCUAUGGGGAACAGGGUUACUGCCUCUUUUGUGUAUAAAUCUAGAUUCUAUACAGAGCAUACUUUCUCUAUAUUAAGUAUUCAUUUCAGGCGUAGUUCUGCUUCGUGUGUAAUAUAUUCUGUAUAGGUCUUUCCAGUGACACGGAAAGCAGCACAUUGAUUUACGGUGACUGACUUCUUUUUGUUUUUUGUAAAUGGGGACGGUUCAGUUUUCCAACUUGCUUAAAACUGUAACACCUUCUGCCUUGAAAAGCCAAAUUAAUGUACAGUUCCUAUGUCUUUGUUUAAAAAGUUUAAAUAAAAGCGCCUUAGACCUCUUGAAA